AUGAGUAAAGAUAAUGAUGACAAGCCAACUACCCAUCCACUGAACUUUGCUGUCCCAACGCAACCGCGCCGUGGUAUUGAUGCAGUGCAUGUCAAUGCAGCUAGAGAGAUGGUGCAACUACAUACCCGAGGUCGGGUACCUCCACAACGAGGAGGAAGAGGAGAAAAACCAAUUCAACAGCACCACCAGCUGAUACUACUGCCGCAACAGCAGGGAGGCAGCUCCAAGAGCUCUCAUGCUCCAGUAGUUUCAGAACAGUCAAAAGCUCCCAUGUCCAAACCUAAGAUUAGCAUACCAUUGGACCAUGAUGGUGGUGAGUGCAAAAACCCUCAGUGUCAACACUGCGGCAGUAUCAUAAUCCCUGCUCCACAACUGUCUUUCCCAGUACAGGAUAAACCAUCAAUCAAAGUCAAUGAUUGGGAGAUUUACACCAUCAAGAAACCCAUAUUGUCAUCUGCUGAAUUGGAUCAUUUGGGUGAUACCAAAUUUGAGUUCCCAUUACCAGAGAUGAUUUUCGGCAACAAUUUUGUUCGAAUUAAAUACACUGGAGGACAAAGCGAUACCGAUGAGGAGUACGAAAUUUGGUUUAAUUCAAUAGAUGCAUUGGAUACAUUAGAAGAUGAUUGCCAUUUGAAGGUGAGUUACCAUGAAGAAUGGUUAAAACUGCGUCAGAACCGACACAAGAAACAAGAACGAGGUGGUGAUGCCAAAACAUCAACUAGUGCAUGUGAUGAAAUGACUGAUAAAGUGAGUGAUUUAACCGAUAUGGAUGCCGUGAAACCAUAUGAUUGGACCUACUCGCCAAACUAUGUGGGUCACACACGCGGGUUCAAUUUUGUUACUGAUGAUUCUUUGGAAAUCCCCAUUGAUCGAUUAAUGAAACCAGAUCCGAUUUUAUUUUUCGAUGAAAUGAUAUUGUAUGAAGAUGAAUUAGCUGAUAAUGGAAUCAGUAUGCUUUCAAUCAAGAUUAGAGUCAUGCCCUGUUGUCUUUUACUAUUGUGUCGGUUUUUUUUAAGGAUUGAUAAUGUUAUAUUCAGGAUUAGAGAUUGUCGUGUGUUUGUUGAUUUGAAUUCAAAUGAAGUGAUUCGAGAGUAUAAGUUGCAAGAAUGUGAUUAUGAUGAAGUAUUGAAGUUAGCCGGAUCGAGUGCGUCGGGUGGUGGUAGUGUUGGUGGUGGCCAUGGAAGUAAAGUGAAUAAUGAUCCAAAGAGGUUACUACGGGAUCAGAAUUGGGUUAGUUUGAAUAUACCUGUGGUUAAAAGGACUAUUGAAAGGUGUAUAAUGUAG